AUGUCCUUCCCUAAGGCGCCCCUGAAACGAUUCAAUGACCCUUCUGGAUGUGCACCAUCCCCAGGUGCUUAUGAUGUUAAAACUUCAGAAGUAUUGAAAGGACCAGUAUCCUUUCAGAAGUCACAAAGGUUUAAAAAGCAAAAAGAAUCACAGCAAAAUCUUAACGUUGACAAAGAUACUACCUUGCCUGUUUCAGCAAGAAAAGUCAAGACUUCAGGAUUAAAGAAGGAAUCUCAGAAGAAUGAUAAAGAUUUGAAGAUGUUGGAAAAAGAGAUGCGCAUUCUUGUGCAGGAGCGUGGGGCUCAGGACAGGAGGAUCCAGGAUCUGGAAGCUGAGUUGGAGAAGAUGGAAGCCAAGCUAAACGCUGCCGUCAGGGAAAAAACAUCUCUGUCUGCAAGUAACGCUUCACUGGAAAAACAGCUUCUUGAAUUAACCAGGACUAAUGAGCUCCUAAAAUCUAAGUUUUCUGAAGAUAAUAACCAGAAGACUUUGAGAAUUCUAAGCCUUGAGUUGAUGAAACUGAGAAACAAAAGAGAAACCAAGAUGAGGAGCAUGGUGGCUAAACAAGAAGGCAUGGAGGUGAAGCUGCAGCUCACCCAGAAGAACCUCGUGGAGUCUCAGGAGAAAAUAGUACAACUUGAAGGGAAACUUGUUUCAAUAGAGAAAGAAAAGAUUGAUGAAAAAUCUGAAACAGAAAAGCUCUUAGAAUACAUUGAAGAAAUAAGUUGUGCAUCAGAUCAAGUGGAAAAAUACAAGCUAGAUAUUGCCCAGUUAGAAGAAAAUCUGAAAGAGAAGAAUCAUGAAGUUUUAAGCCUUAAGCAGUCUCUUGAGGAAAAUAUUGCUAUAUUGUCUAAACAAGUAGAAGACUUGAAUGGAAAAUGCCAGGUGCUUGAAGAAGAAAAAGAAGACCUCAUCAAUAGGAACAGAGAACAGGAUGAAAAUCUAAAUUCUGAGAUACAAAGCUUAAAACAGAGGUCUAUUCUUGAAAAACAAGAACAUGAAGAGCUACAACAAAAAGUAUUGCAAAUGGAUUCACUUCUGCAACAAGAGAAGGAAUUAUCUUCUGGUCUUCAGCAGAAGCUAUGUUCUUUUCAAGAAGAAAUGAUUAAAGAGAGAACUCUCUUUGAGGAAGAAUUAAAGCAAGCCCUGGAUGAGCUGGAUAAAUUACAGCAAAAGGAAGAACAAGCUGAAAACCUGCUUAAGCAACUGGAAGAGGAAGCAGAAUCUAGAGCUGCAGAACUAAAAUGCCUCGAAGAAAAGCUGAAAGGGAAAGAAGCCGAACUGGAGGAAAGUAAUGCUGCUCAUACUCAGGCCACCUUGCUUUUGCAAGAAAAACAUAACAGUACAGUGCAGAACCUGGAAGAUGUUACUGCUCAGUUUGAAAGCUAUAAAACAUCAACAGCAAGUGAGCUAGAAGAUCUUAAGGUGCAGAAUGAGUCACUUAAGGAAAAACUGGCCAAGGCUGAGCACAGUGCAGAGGAUGCCCGAGAUCAGAUAUUGGCAACUGAGAACUCAAAUCAAGAAUAUGCAAGGAUGCUUCUAGAUCUGCAGACCAAAUCAGCACUUAAAGAAGCAGAAAUUAAAGAAAUUACAGUUUCUUCUCUUAAAAGAAUAACUGAUUUGCAGAACCAACUCAAGCAACAAAGCGAAGACUUUAAGAAACAACUGGAAGAGGAAGAAGCAAGAAAAACUGCUGGGAAAGAAAACUCAAUAGCAGAAUUAACUGAGGAAAUGAAUAAGUGGCGUCUCCUCUAUGAAGAAUUAUAUAAUAAAACAAAGCCUUUUCAGCUACAACUGGAUGCAUUUGAAGCAGAGAAACAGGCUUUGUUGAAUGAACAUGGUGCGGCUCAGGAACAACUAAAUAAUCUAAGAGAUUCAUAUGCUAAAUUAUUGGGUCAUCAGAAUCUAAAGCAAAAAAUCAAGCAUGUUGUGAAACUGAAAGAUGAAAACAGCAAUCUCAAAUCGGAGGUGUUAAAACUCCGUGCUCAGCUUACUAAAAGAAAACAAAGUGAAGCAAAACUUCAGGAGGAACUGAAUAAAGUUCUAGGUAUCAAACACUUUGAUCCUUCAAAGGCUUUUCUUCAUGAAAGUAAAGAAAAUUUUGUUCCCAAAACUCCAUUAAAAGAAGGCAAUACAAACUGCUCCUGA